AUGUCAGAUUUUGUCCCUCCACCAACAGGUACACAGAUUACCUCUCACAAUCAAUACGACACUGCUGGUCUUUCCUCUUCAGAUCUGCUACCCUCCCCCCUCGCCCUCUUUCAGCGCUGGUUUGAAUCAGCUCAGGGACAGAAUGUACAUGAGCCAGAAGCGAUGCUCCUCUCCACUGUUGCUUCUUCCCCUACAGACGGUACUCCUAGACCUUCGAGUAGGGUAGUGCUGCUCAAGGAGAUCCACCCCAAAGAAGGCCUUACAUUCUACACCAACUACACCAGUCGUAAAGGUCGUGAGCUUCAGCAAAACCCGCACGCAGCCGCCACCUUCUAUUGGCGGGAAACAUCACAGAGUGUACGCUUCUGUGGACGUGUACGAAGAGUUGAAAAGGUGGAAUCGCAGAAGUACUUUGAUUCAAGACCGGUAGGAUCGAGGGUAGGAGCGCAUGCUUCCCCACAGAGCACGAGGGUUGGGUCGAGGGAGGAAUUAGAGGAGAUGGUUAGAGCCAAGGAACACGAGUUGGGUGUACCUGGUGCGGCUGGACUGGAGGGUAAGGAGGCUGGUAAGAAGUGGGAGGACAAGAAGCUAGAGGUUCCAGAGUAUUGGGGAGGCUACAGGAUUGAACCUUAUGAGGUAGAAUUCUGGUGUGGAAGACCGAAUCGAUUGCAUGACAGGUUCAGAUACACUCGCGACGAGAAUUCAAAGAAGUUGGCGGGCGAAGACGAGUGGGUCGUGGAGAGGCUCGCUCCGUAG